ACUAACCAGCGACUGUUUCGAGUUCUUCGGAAAACUGCAUGUGUUCCGACGGUAAAAUGCAUAGAUCUGCGCUUUGGUCUUGUCUAGGGGCGCUGCUCCUUGCAGCAGCUUCAACUUCCACUGCUUCCACGCCGAAGCAAGUCGAGCUAAAGACCGGCACAAUACCCUUCUUUGAUAUAAAGAUAGCAUACAGGCUCUAUGAGGUGGUCGACCCUGGGCCGGAGGAAGCGGCGAUGCGCAACCCCACCGCCAUCUUCCUGCACGGCGCCAAGUACAGCUCCGCCUUCUGGCAGCAGCUGGGCACGCUGCAGGCGGUGGCGGAGGCGGGCGUGCGGGCGCUGGCCAUUGACCUGCCGGGUUUCGGCGACACGCCCCCCCUGCCGUACAGCGACAACAACAUGCGCAGCGAGCUGCUGCGCACGGUGGUGGAGGCGGCCUGGCAGCGGGUGAACGCCACCGUCGUACUGGUGUCGCCCUCCAUGAGCGGGCGCUACUCCAUCCCCUUCAUGGACCGGCACGGCACGCUCAUCACCAGCUUCGUGGCUGUGGCGCCCAUUGGCGUGCGCGACUGGGGCGGGCCCUGGGAGGACACCCACAAGCGGGUGUGCGCGCUGGCCGUGUACGGCGCCAAGGACGCGCUGGUGCCGGAUGCGGAGCGGCUGACCAAGCUGUUCCAACACAGCUGGAAGGUGGUCAUCCCGGGUGCGGGCCACCGCAGCUACGAGGACAAGCCCGACGUGUUCCACAAGGUGCUGCUGGCGUUCCUCAAGAAGUGCCGCAGGUCGGCGGACGGCCUCAUGCACGAGGUGCUGCCGGAGCACGGGAUAGACCUGGUGCACACACUGCGCAACGCGGAGAAGGACGGCGCGUUGUGAUGUGUGAGGCGCGUGUGUGACAUGCAUGAGUCACUUUGUGAUGUGAGGCGUGACGUGGCGUGGGUUGGCGUGCGGCGGGUAAGGUCUUCAUGCAUAGCUCCGUAGCCAUGCUCUAGUGUCAGUUGAAUAUGUUAUGUGUUAAAGAGCACAAGGAAAGCAUAGCGCACACAGUGUAUGCGAAUAUGUUAUGUGUCUGUGUACGUGAGCUGUGGGGCAGGUGGGCUUAUGGCUCUGGCAUAGGUAGUGCUUUACACACAGAAUGGCUGUAUGGGUUGUGGCAUUGAGGCAAGGGGCAGUGGAGCCAGGCUCAGCUGUGCAGUUUGGAUUGAGGCCAGGGAGCACUCGUACGUGGAAGGGCCUCCGGCUUUGCAGUGGGUGCGUCAAAGAGCGGCGGCAGCUUCAGCAGUGUGUGGCUGUUGAAGAGGGUGCGUGCACAGCAAUAAUGGGGACAAAGCGUGCCUUUCGGUCUCAGUGCGUGCGGUUCAGCCAGACCCGAGUACGGAAGUUGUCGUGAGUGCAGCGCGUUAGUUGGCAGUGCGCACCUGACCGGGGUGAGAACGAAUGGGUGGGGGUGCGGCUGUACGGCAGAGCGCUGCAAGGUAAUAAUGACCGACCCACCCCCGGGUCUGACUGAAAUAUUGAGCAUCUCUGGCUAACCAUCAAGUCCUCUA